AUGGUGAAGAAGCCAAAUACGCCCGAGGGCGACAAACCUUCGUCCUCUCGGAUUCCCAGAAAGCUCACUUCAACGAUCAGCCAUGCAGAACUGAAGUUUCCGAUAUGGGGGCAAUCGUGGCAGUCGUCUACUCCACAGGCUAGUACGUCUAGUUCUGGUGUUUUCCAUCAACAUGGGCUGGAGAGCGAGGGCACCGAAUCGUCGUCUCAGUCUACGGCGACUCGCAGCCGCGGCCGCGGACGUGGAUCCAGGGGUAGGGCGAGACGAUCGAGUCGUAGUCCAUACGCUCGGACGGGGCGCCCCCGUCAUGAGUCACAACGAACACGAGCUGACAGUCAAAUUGAAGAGGCGAUCCCGAGCACCAGCGGUGCUCCAUCCCUCACAGUAGCAGAUGCUGCACCUUCUCACGUCCAAAGUCCAUCAUCUACACCAGGACUUUUGUCGCCAUCAGCACCAACCAAUGUAUUGGAUUCCGUGCAUGGGACCGACGUUCCUGCUUACUCAGGGUCUAACUCUGGCAUGUGGCCCGCUUAUCCCCAAUCUAUGCCAGUUGCUGGUCACUGGCAGCAUUCUGCAGGCUACAACGUUCCUCCUGCAUAUCCCGGCGUACCUGGAGAGACGAGGCCGUUGUAUGGCGAGCCGUUGCACUACCCUGCAUCUGGACCAUUGUAUCACCACCCUGGGCUUGGCGCGGCGCCACAGGUCAACCACACGGAAUGGCCGACCUCAGUGCCAAGCGGUGGUUCUAUGAGAGCAUACUAUCCAGGCGCGAUGUACGACAGCCAGGUGGCCCACCCAUCUCAACAGAUGUAUCCUGUUCCUUCUUCGAGCCAAGAGCCCUCCUCGUUCGCUGUCGACCCUAAUGAGCUGCGUUGGGGCCACACUGAUAGUCCAGUCCCCAACCCGUCGACGUUCCCCUACCAUCAUCAAGGUGGACUUGAUCCUAACCUGUCUGGCCCACCGCCAACCUUCCCAAACACGUUCCAAGAAGCUAAGCAGUUGACAUUCCCCCACCAUCAUCAAGGCGGGCUUGAUCCUAAUCUGUCUAACCCACGGUCAACCUACCCAGGCCUGUCUCAAGAAGCCGAGCAAUAUGAGCCGGAGCCUGAGGCAACGGAGGAGACCGGAGGAUACGAUCCGCACAACUGGGACUACCCGUAUUCGGUUCCUCAGGACGGUGGGGAUAGGCAUUGGUAA